AUGGUCGCGCUACUAUCAGGCGCCGUAUAUGGCGCCUCUACAAUAGCAGGAGGCGCGUAUUUACCCUCAACAAUCAUCGAUCAAUUCAAGUUCCAGGAUUGGCAUCUGCUGCAAACCUCUCUUGGUGCCGUUGCAAGCAGCGCAAUUGCUGAGCAUUUUGGCUACAUCAAGCUCAAGCCUAGAAGCUCUUCUCCAAUCGGUUUAUUUGGACAGUAUGACGGUAACGUCAUAGGUGGAUUUCUGCUUGGAGCUGGUAUGGCUCUUUCAGGAUCUUGUCCUGGGACAUUAUUCGCACAGAUCGGAGCUGGUCUACGGACUGGUUUCUAUGCUCUUGGAGGAGCUGUUGUUGGUGGUAUCGCAUAUACUGGUUAUGUCGCGCAGGCAGCCAAGGCUCAAAGGGAAAAGGCAGAUGUGAAACCCCAGACAGUCACUCUUGACGAGAAUCUCGGUCUUUCCAAAGACACAACUACCGCCAUAUUCGAAUCUGUCUGCUUUAAUGCAAUCGCAGCUUCAGUCGCAUACACUGCUGGCUCGGACUGGUCGCUCUUCUCAGCAGGCAGUGGUCUGUUCAUCGGAUUUUCGCAGCUUUUUUCCAUUCUCACCCGUCGCUCUAUGUUGGGUAUCUCGGGCUCUUAUGAAGAAUUUGGUAACCAUUUCUGGUGGCUUACACGGGGUGAUUCUUGGCCCAGUAGCCGACAAAACACCCUGUUUGCUACAGGUAUGGCAGCUGGUGCUUGGGCUCUCACCAAGACCUUCCCUUCUUUUGUGCCCAUAGAUAUCGUUGAGGUUGACCCUUGGCUUGCUGGAAUCGGAGGGUUUAUGAUGGUCGUAGGCUCAAGAUUAGCAGGAGGGUGCACUUCUGGGCAUGGCGUUAGCGGCUUGUCUUUGAUGUCGACGUCAAGUCUGGCCACAAUGACUACUGCGUUUGCUGCGGGAAGUCUGAUUGCCCCUUUGGCACACUAG